AGAGUUAGCAAACGCUAGCUAAUUGGCGGUUAACCACGACUGUGUACACGUGGAAUUCAGCUUUUUGUAGUUUUUUUGAGGGUGAGUUGUCAUGUGGCCAGUGUACUAGGAGCAGCUGCUGUGAGCGCAGCGGAGGUGACAUCACGGCGCUGACAACACAGGCAGCACCAACCCGCUGCUCCUCAAUGGCCAGAAAUGACAGCCCGAGCACCGCAGCCAUUAGCCAAACAGCAUCGGAGUUUAAGGACAGCCUAUACACAGAUCAUGCUGUGUAAUUACCUCUAAUCCUGCUGUGGUUUACAGCUGUGCACGACUGUCUCGCCUUUCCUACGCUGAUCCCAUAAACAGACAACCUGCGCAAUUAUUCUGCAAAUUCAUGAUGGUGUCGCAGAUGGACUACACUGAAAAAUGGCCCUUAACAUCCACCGUACACUUGCAUAAUAUUCAAUAGCCUGCAUGUAAACAAGUUCCCUAAAGCGACCAAGAUGGGAUGCAUCAGGGUUUGUCUGCAGAAAAUAAGACGCACAGUUAAGUUAGGGCGCUUCAGAGAGCUGGGCCGGCAGUAUCCAGUAUUCUGCUUUCUGCUGCUGGUCCUGCUGCUGUCCACUGUGCUUUUAAACAGAUACAUUCACAUUAUGAUGGUGUUUUGGUCGUUCCUGGCUGGAGUUGUCACGUUUUACUGCUCUUUGGGGCCUGAAUCUCUGCUGCCUAAUGUCCUAGUCUCCAUCAAACCAAAAACCAAGUCAUACCAACAGGAGCUGUUUCCACUGGGACACAGCUGUGCAGUUUGUGGAAAAAUCAAAUGCAAAAGGCACAGACCGACUUUAUUACUGGAAAACUAUCAACCAUGGCUUGAUCUGAAAGUUCCCUCUAAGGUGGAUGCUUCCCUCUCAGAGAUUCUGGAGCUGGUCCUGGAAAAUUUUGUGUAUCCCUGGUAUAGAGACAUCACGGACGAUGAGGCGUUUGUUGAUGAGCUGAGAGUGACUUUGCGCUUCUUUGCAGCUGUGUUGGUCCGCCGAACCCAGAAGGUGGACGUGGCAUCCCUCAUCACUCAAAAGCUUCUGAAAGUUUCCAUGAAGCACAUUGAAAUAAUAAGCAAAGCAAGACAGAAAGUAAAGAAUGCAGAGUUUCUUCAACAAGCUGCCCUGGAUGAAUACGGUCCUGACCUCCAUGUAGCCCUUCGCAGUCGCAGAGAUGAGCUCCUUUAUCUCAGGAAGCUGACUGAGAUGCUCUUCCCCUACAUCCUUCCACCCAAGGCUAUGGACUGCAGAUCUCUUACUCUCCUGAUAAGAGAAGUCUUGGCUGGUUCUGUCUUCCUUCCUUCAAUGGACUACUUGGCUGAUCCUGACACAGUCAAUCAUUUACUAUUAAUAUUCAUCGACAACUCCCCUCCCGAAGAAGCCACAGAGCCCACUUCAAAUUUGGUUCCUUUCCUGCAAAAGUACUCAGAUGUUCGCAACAAAAAACCCUCUGUGCUGAAGCUGGAGUUGAAGGAAAUCAGAGAACAGCAAGACCUUCUCUUCCGUUUCAUGAACUUCCUGAAGCAAGAAGGAGCCGUCCAUGUUCUCCAGUUCUGCCUUGCGGUCGAGGAAUUCAACGACAAGAUACUGUGCCCAGAGCUGUCUGACACAGAAAAGAUGAUGCUGCAUGAGGAGGUAAAGAAGAUCUAUGAGACGUACUGUUUGGACGAGAGCGUCGACAAGAUCCGCUUCGACCCCUUUAUAGUGGAAGAAAUACGAAACAUUGCAGAGGGUCCGUAUGCAGAGGUGGUGAAACUGCAGACCAUGAGGUGUUUGUUUGAAGCCUAUGAGCACGUCCUGUCCUUGCUGGAGAAUGUUUUCACCCCCAUGUUCUGUCACAGUGAUGAGUACUUUCGCCAGCUUCUCAGAGGGGCAGAGUCCCCUGCCAGGAACUCCAGGAUGAGCAGAAAUAGCCUCAGUUUGGAUGACAUUCGUUCCUGGGACUGGAGCCCCGAGUCCCCAUCCUCACUGUUCACCGCCUCUGGCAGCUCUUCACCUGCAUCUUUUAACUCCCUCCAUGCCCAGUCCACGUUCACAACUUUCCCAUACGGCUCUCUAUCCCACCGCCACUCAUCACCCAAGAACACGUCAAAGAGGGGCGAGUCCUUUGGGAUCAGCCGCAUUGGCAGUAAGAUCAAAGGUGUGUUCAAGAGCACAACCAUGGAGGGAGCCAUGCUGCCAUCCUACGGGCUGGUGGAGGGAGAGGACGAUAUGGUGGAGGAAGCCAUGAUGGUGCUGGAGGAUGACUCCCCCAUGGAGGCAGCCUCCACCCCCAGCACCCCCCGAAACCUCUCAGCCUGGAACAUCACCAUCCCCUACAUUGAUUUCUAUGACGAUGAUGUGAAGAGGGAGAGGAUUCCUGUGUUUUGUAUUGAUGUAGAGCGCAACGACCGGAAAGCAGUGGGACAUGAGACUGAGCACUGGUCUGUGUACAGAAGAUAUCUGGAGUUCUACGUCCUUGAAUCAAAGCUCACUGAGUUUCAUGGCUCAUUUCCAGAUGCACAGUUGCCUUCAAAGAGAAUCAUCGGUCCCAAGAACUACGAGUUUCUCACAUCGAAGCGGGAGGAGUUCCAGGAAUACCUUCAGAGACUCCUGCAGCAUCCAGAGCUGAGCAACAGUCAGCUCCUCGCUGACUUCCUGUCCCCUCAUAGUAUGGAGUCCCAGUUCCUGGACAAGAUGUUACCUGACGUGAACCUGGGGAAAAUCAUUAAGUCUGUUCCCAGCAAACUGAUAAAAGAGAAAGGGCAACAUUUGGAGCCUUUCAUCCAGUCGUUCUUCAACUCUUGUGAAUCUCCCAAACCCAAACCCAGCCGCCCUGAGCUCACUAUCCUGAGUCCCACCUCAGAAAAUGAUAAAAAGCUUUUCAACGACCUCUUCAAAAACAACGCCAACCGAUCAGAGAUGAUGGAGAAGAGACACAAUCAGAAUUACUUCAUGGAGAUGAUCAAUGUUGAAGGGCUGUAUGACUACUUAAUGUAUGUGGGCCGAGUUGUUUUCCACAUCCCCGACUGGCUGCACCACCUGCUGAUGGGUGGCAGAAUCCUGUUCAAGAACACACUGGAAGCCUACACAGAUUACUACCUUCAGUGCAAACUGAAUCAGGUGGUCCAGGAGCACCGGCUAGUCUCGCUCAUCACCCUGCUCCGAGAUACAGUUUUCUGUGAGAGCAGUGCGCCCCGCUCAGCUCAAGACAAGCAGAAGAGGGCGAAGAAGACAUUUGAGGAGAUGAUGACAUACAUUCCAGAAUUUCUGGGGAAAUGUAUCGGAGAAGAGGCGAAGUAUGAGGGCGUGCGACUCCUCUUCGAUGGACUGCAACAGCCAGUUCUCAACAAACAGUUGACAUAUGUGCUGCUGGACAUCGCCAUUCAAGAGCUUUUCCCUGAGCUAAACAAGCAGGCACAGAAGGAGACCUCUGUGAUGGCUCCAUGGAUGUAAAAUGAACACUUAAAUGAAAGUGAGCUGACAUGCUUUCCAGAUACGAAACACCUGCAGGGGUGGUUUGAUUAAAUAAAACCUAAAUGAAAAUCACAUCACAUUUCUGAUCUAGAAACAUGCCACAGCAAGAAAAACCACAAGGCUCCUCCUGCUGUAUGUCAUGUUCUUUUCAAAACAAGUUAUGUAAAUGAAUGAUAUAACUGUGAUCCUUGUAUAGUUUGCUUUAACUAUAAAAGCCAACAUUGUGCAUCUGUUCAAGAGCUGCAGUUGAUUCUAUUAAAAGUUUUGAAUUA